UUUGACAGUUCUGUGACAGUUGAAAGGUUUAGUCAAGUGAUAACAACAAAAUUCGCAAAUUAUUUGUGCUGAAAAAAAGAGAAAAUCUCCACCAAAUAAAUGUUUCUCAAUCGAAUGUAAAUGUUCAUUUUCCGUUGAAUACCUCCCUCAGUCUUGUGCAUUUGAAAUAGAGUUGAUUUUGUUGCAAUUUUACUAAUUAUUGAGUGAAAAAUUUGUCUUUGCAAAAAAAAAGGUUAUAGUGAUAACAACUUUUAAUCCAAAAGAGAGGUUGCUUGAAUGAGAAAAAAAAACACAUUAACAGAGAUUAGUUUUUGUCCUUUCACUCGUUGAAACUUUAUGCUUUUGCCCCAUUAAUCAUAUCAGUUGAAAUAUUCAAGUCCGUCAGCUACCAGAGGACCAAAACGCUAUAAAGCCAGCAUGGAGGGCUUCUCGACGACCGACGUGGUGAUAAUACAUGGCAACUCACAUCCGGAAUUGGCCAAUCUCAUUGCCAGCCGAUUGGGCGUCAAGAGUGGCUCAUCGAGUGCAUCUGUGUACCACAAAACAAACCGCGAGACCAUGGUUGAUAUCUCCGACUCUGUCCGUGGGAAAUCCAUCUACAUCAUCCAGACAGGUACGAAGGAUGUCAACAAUAACAUUAUGGAGCUCCUGAUAAUGGCAUACGCGUGCAAGACUUCCUCGGCACGUUCCGUUGUGGGUGUCAUCCCGUAUCUUCCCUACUCCAAGCAGUGCAAGAUGCGCAAAAGGGGAUGUAUUGUGUCAAAAUUGCUGGCCAAGAUGAUGUGCAAAUCUGGCCUAACGCAUGUCAUUACGAUGGAUUUGCACCAGAAGGAGAUUCAAGGUUUCUUUGAUUGUCCAGUUGACAACUUGAGAGCCUCUCCGUUCCUUCUUCAGUACAUUCAAGAAAGUAUUCCGGAUUAUCGCAAUUCUGUGAUUGUAGCACGCAAUCCGGGAUCAGCUAAGAAAGCCACAUCGUACGCCGAACGUCUCCGUUUGGGUAUUGCUGUAAUUCAUGGUGAGCAGAAAGAAUCGGAGACAGAUGAGGUCGACGGACGAUAUUCACCGCCGGCUGUAUCACGUUCCCGCACUAUGGAUGUAUCUGUGGGUGUUCCCGUACACCCGGCCAAGGAGAAGCCGCCGAUAAAUGUUGUGGGUGACGUUGGAGGUCGCAUUGCUAUCAUGGUGGAUGAUCUUAUUGACGAUGUCCAGUCAUUUGUGGCUGCUGCCGAGGUGCUCAAGGAUAGAGGUGCCUAUAAGAUCUAUGUUCUGGCAACGCAUGGUCUACUCAGCUCAGAUGCACCGAGACUCAUUGAGGAUUCCCCAAUUGAUGAGGUCGUGGUGACAAAUACAAUUCCGCAUGAGAUCCAGAAGAUGCAGUGCCAUAAGAUCAAGACCAUUGACAUCUCCAUCCUUCUCUCGGAGGCUAUACGUCGCAUCCACAAUCGUGAAUCGAUGUCGUAUCUAUUCAAGAAUGUCACACUAGAGGAUUAAGUAUUUCCACGUGAAUCUUCACCUCCAAAUCUCUCCUCCAGCCACUGUCUCACAUGUUUUUUCUUCGGUUUGUACACACACACUUUUUUCAGUUCUUUUUUGUUUCGUUCUUCGUUUUUUUCUUUCUUAAGCCAGAGCAUCUAUACAAUUUACACGCUAUCAGGAGUUAUCUGUAGAUGUGUCGAGAAAUGAAAUAAAAGGCAUUAUAAAUGUAUUAUGUAAAAGGGAAAAAAUAUAUAUAAAAGGCUAUA